UAAGUCGAGGAGACCAGGCCCAAAGUUACAAACUAUACAUAAACUUGGAUUGAUUGCUUUGGUAAAUGGUAAGUAAUUAAAUACAAGAAGCGAACCUAACCACGUUUAGCAGAGAGCAAAAGGGAAGAGCUUAGGAUGACAAGCACAACAGCAAUUGCACAGCCGUGCAUCAACCAUCACCAUCUUUCCUUCAACCAUGGCUAUUCUCUCUCCUCUUCCGCCGUUACAACAACCACCUUCUCCUCUUCCAGACUCCAUCUUUUGAAAGCUUACAAUUCCAUCCAAAUUAACAACAAUUCCAACUACCAUCAAGGCCAACAACACACUCGCAAUUCGACAAAUUCAACCACUUUACCUUCAAUUCCGCGCAAUUUCACUGGUGCUAGUGAUUCUGAGUUGAGGGCAGUUCUUGAGCUCGCUACAAAUUCUGAACUUUUGGAGAUUGAAAAAAUCCUCUUUGGACCCAGCUACCUUAGUCCCCUGCUAAAAUCAUUAAGUAAUGGCAUUGAAUUGGAUCGAUUCAUGAUUGAGGAGGACUUUGAACAGCGAGAACUUUUCAUUGAAGUUCUUGAGUCUCGAUUUUUAUAUCUUGUGGCUGACGCUCGUUCUACAUUGAGAGGGUGGAGGCCUUCAUAUAGAAAUGUCUUGCUUGAUGUGAGAAAAGAAUUGAAAAUUCCAUGCUCUACGAAAUUAUUGACCGAGGACUUGGAGGUGGAAAUCUUUAUUCAUAUACUUGGGGAAUGUUCAAGAGACGGGGACACUGCUGCUGCACUAAAAGUUGGAUCAGCAGAACUAUGUUCUGUGCUUCUUAAAGGUGGUCAAUUGAUUUCGAUGUUGAAGCUUUCCGAAUUGGUUACAAAUAGGCUAUCAGGAAAAAUGCUCUUUGAAGCAGCUAAACAUAAGCUGGAUAGCAAAGUUGUUAAAAAGGGGCUUACUGGGGCUGCAUCAAAGUAUCUUGGGUUUCAGAGUCUAGCUGCAUUCAUUGGUCCAAUGAUCUGAUAUGUUCACUUAUUCAGUGAACUCCAUUACCCCUCCUUUAGGAUGAUGCAAUUGAACAUAUUUUACUCUUCAUUCUCUAUAAUUCCAAUACAAA